AUGAAAGUCCUCUCUUCUCUAUGGGCAUUCCUGGCCUUGAGUGCGAUCACCCAUGCCGCCCAUACAUCCAACUGGGCGGUCCUAGUAUCGACCUCUCGCUUCUGGUUCAACUACCGCCAUCUUGCCAACACCCUCUCCCUAUACCGAACCGUCAAACGUCUCGGCAUCCCCGAUUCUCAGAUCCUACUGCUCCUGCCCGACGAUAUGGCCUGCAAUCCUCGAAAUGCCUUCUCCGGCACCGUUUACUCCAAUGCGGACCGCCGUAUGGACCUCUAUGGUGAAAAUGUCGAAGUGGACUACCGCGGCUAUGAAGUCACAGUGGAGAACUUCAUCCGCUUAUUGACCGACCGUUGGGAAGAGAGCGUCCCCGCCAGCAAGAGGUUGCAGACAGACGAAGGAAGCAACAUCCUGAUCUACAUGACCGGUCAUGGUGGGAGUGAGUUUCUCAAAUUUCAAGACAGCGAGGAGAUCUCCAGUUGGGACCUGGCCGACGCCUUCUCCCAGAUGCGCGAGAAGAAGCGUUACAAUGAAAUGCUGUUCAUGAUUGAUACCUGUCAGGCCAACACUCUGUAUCGACAGUUCUACGCUGAAGGUGUCAUUGCAACGGGCUCUUCCGAAGAAGAUGAGAGUUCUUAUUCGCAUCACGCGGACAACGAUGUUGGGGUCGCUGUCAUUGACCGAUGGACAUAUUACGUACUCGAAUUCCUCGAAACGCAAGUCACGGGUCCAACAUCAGACAAGACGCUCGGCGAUCUCUUCGACAGCUAUGAUGUGGGCAAAAUACACUCGAGGCCAGGCGUCCGCUGGGAUCUAUUCCCAGGUGGAGAGGGGGCAGGCAGAAGUCGACGAGUUGUUGAUUUCUUCGGCAAUGUCCAGAGUGUCGAAGUCCAGCAGAACGGGAACAACAAAACUGGACCUGAACUUCUGAAAGACGACAUUGAGGGUUUGAAGCGACUAGUCCAGGAGUACGAAUCAUUCGCCCAGGCUCAGGAAGGAAAUCAAACUCAGAUGGCUGACAUUUUGGCCCGGAGGAGCAAAGACGCGCAGUCGACUCGGACGUCGAAAAUGACUCAACGACCAAACACAGUCCAGAAGGUCAAGCUUGCAGAUGAUACAACGACUCAAUGGACUCGACAGGCUGCCGGUGUUUCCGUUCUCUCCGGGCUUGCCGCUCUUUGGUACUUUGCGCCCAAGGCUAUCUCGAGCUGA